AUGGAGCGCUUCGGGACUCAUGUGCUGCAAGGAGAGCGUGGCAGUGGCCGCUGGCUAAAGCUGGCAGCUGGAGAGAAGGCAGAGGUGCUGGGCGCUGCCAUGAAGAAGGCACCGAACCCCAAGAUCUUGGAGUUGGGCACCUAUUGCGGCUACUCCGCCUUGCGGCCCCGUGAGGCAUUGGAGAAUGCAUCGGUCAUCACGGUGGAGAACGACCCGGUGCAUGCUGUCAUUGCCAUGUGCCUCGUGGCGUUGGCUGGACAAUCCCACGGCGUGAAGGUGCUGAUUGGCCACAGCUUGUCCCUGCUGCCGCGGCUGGUCACUGCUGGUGGCCGUUUUGGAGGAGUCUUUAUGGAUACGCGCGGCUCGCGCUAUGAUCAGGAGGUCGCUUUGAUGAUCGAGCACGACCUUUUGGCGCCGCACGCCGUGCUGGUGGCAGACAACGUCUUAAAGCCGGGGACACCGCUCUUCUUGUGGCUCGUGAUGAGGGAUGCGCGCUUUCAGACCCAGAUCCACGCAGUCAACGAGUUCGCCAUGCCGGCGAAGGAUUGGAUCUCAGUGAGCAUCUAUGACCCGAGAGAGGAUGGAGGUGCUCCACAGGCUCCGCCCGAGCUGUUCCGUCUGCAUGAGGCGGCUGAGGAGAUGCGCACUCGCGCGCUGUCGCACGUGCGCAGCGUGACGUAUGCUGAAUGGGCGCGUUUUGCUCAAGAGAUGCCGGGGGCCACCAGACAGAGACAGGGCGGUGUGGCCUGUAUGUGA